AUAUUGACUUCUAUUUUCAUUUUAGAAUUCUUUGAAUAACUUACUGAGAGACAUAUAGAAUAAUUUGCAGUUCUAUUUUGGCACCAGCUGAUUAUGAAUCAUCAACAGAGAGAGAUCCAGUGUGUCGUGUAGUCUUUAUUCUUUUUUUCUGUCUACUGUUCAAUAUAUAUAUCUCACUAUGAGACUUCUACUAAUAUACUACUGCAACAACCCUCUUAGAGACAUCUGCAGUUACCUUAAUUCAUCAAUUAAACCCAUUUAAUUAACAACCACGGGUCUCUCGGAGACAUGUGCUGAUUAAUUAAGAAAAUUUUUCUCUGAGAACCAUGAUAAGCUUUUUAUGAAACUUUUUACAAGUUUCAUAAAAUUUUUCAUUUUUAUGUAAGUUGUGGGUUAAAAAAAUCAACAUCCAAGUUUGCUAAAUUUUAUGAAACUUCUUUCCAAGUUUCAUAAAUAUGUGAUUUAUGAAACUGGAUUUAUGAAGACAGGAUAUCCCAAAAAUAUCAAGUGCUUUCGACUAUCCAUGGAGAAUAUGGGUGAAUAUCGUAAAUGAUGUGUUGGCACGUAUGAAAAAAUAACCCGCUUGGGAUCAGUCGUGAACCGUGCACGAGAUUCUUCGCACGUCGUCACAAGUGAAAAGAUAUGUGACCACGCAUGAAAAAGCUAUCUGCCUGUGACUAGACGUGAACAGUUCAUGAAAACAUAUGUGCGACGUUUCUGACCAAUAAUGAAACUCGAAAAACGUGUAGUGACCGCGCGUGAAUUUUUCGCGUUAAUAUUUUCGUAAAAAGGUUCCACUUGCGAACACGCGUCAGAAUGUCUAGAACGGAUUUUAUUAUAAAAGGUAGAACUCACAUUAAUCUACGUGUGAUUUCAAAUACAGUUCUUUUCUAGUCGAACUUUCGCUCAUUUAAUGUAACACGAAACGGAUGGUCUCCGCGUGAUGGCGCAGGAUCGUCCGCUUAUGUAGAAAAUGAAGAUCCAUGUGGUUCCAGCUCUGGAUAUGCCGUAACAACAUCCGUUGGAUUGUGUGCCGCUACACUUGGAGAAGAAACAGAUGGUGGGAUUAUGUGUCCAUCCGGUUAUGCCUCAGUCGUUGGACUAAAACCAACUGUCGGUUCGACAUCACGUGCAGGUGUUAUUCCUAUUUCCCAUUCAUUUGAUUCUAUUGGUCCCAUAGGUAAAACGGUGAGAGACGUUGCCUUAGUAUUGGAAGCAAUUCAAGGUAUUGAUCCGCGUGAUAAAGCUACACUUGAUCUGGAUGCUGUUCGACCUCACAAUUAUACUCAAUUUUUCAUGGGUACAAAAGGUUUUAAACAUAUGCUUUUAGGUGUAGUUCGUCGUGGUAUAUUUUACAAUUAUAGAUAUGGAAAUAUUUAUGGCAAUAUUUCACAAGAACAGAUUGAUUCCGCUAAUGAUGCUAUUAAAUUGAAAUACUAUGGUGCACAUAUACAUAAUCCAGCUGACAUUGAGAGUAUUGAUGAAAUCCAACAGGGUGAUGCUGAAUACUUGGUUGAACUAACAGAAUUCAAACAAAAUAUAGCCAAUUAUUUAAGUGAAUUACAUCAUACAAAAUUACGAACACUUGCCAAUUUAAUUCACUAUAAUAAUAAACAUAAAGCAUUAGAGUUUUCAGAAUAUAUGCCUGAUCAAAUUGUGUUCGAAGAUGCUCAAAAUACAACGGGAUACAAUAGUUUAGAAUAUCAAGCUGCUCUAGCUACUUGUUUAAGAUUGGGAAGAACACAAGGUAUUGAUCGUACUUUAGAAAAAUAUAAUUUGGAUGCAUUAAUUAUGACUGGCGAUUCAGCGCCCUCAGCAGCAGCAAUUGCUGGAUAUCCAAUAAUGUCAGUACCGUUAGGUUAUUUGACUGAGAAUAAUGGAAUAAAUAAAACAAUUGCGGGAACGCCCUAUGGUUUGUUAUUCACUGGCCGCGCAUGAAGUGAAGGUACUUUAUUUAGAUUAGCUCAUGCAUUUGAACAGGCAACACAUGUGAGGCAUCAAGUACGGCCAAAAUAUUCUCCAUAAUCAUUAUAUUUGUUUCUUCAACUUGUCUGUUUUCUAUAAUAUUCCGUUCUGUUGCUUUUUAAAAUAAUUACUAUUUCAAAUGGAAUAAAACCUUUAGGAGAACAUUCAGCGUACUCAACAGAGAGUUUGUGAACUCGCCAGGCAAACGAAAUUAGUAGAGGCGACGGAACAUUCCCAAACGGGAUAAGGUUCACGAUAAGGCAGCAGCGAAUUUAGAAAGUCUUUCGAGAAUGUGCAAUUUUCCGUAAAAGUUUUCGUAGCAAGAGCAAGCAAACAAAGAAGAAUAUAUUUUUUUGAGCUCAAUUCGCUGAAAUAAAAAUGUCAGCUCGAGCUCCAUAAAUCCUAGCUGUUUUACUUAGACUCCAAAAAAAUGACGUUCCCAGCCAAAAGGCCAAAACUGGGAAAACGUUUACGCUAGACUACUCCAAGUAAAGUAUAUCUGCUUGGAAAACGUGUAUCACUGGAAAAAAAGCAGAGUUUAAUUCGCGCAACGGAAGUUUUUUUCGUCUUUUCUUCGGAUAAAUAAGGUCUUUCUACCAAUGUAGCCAAGUUUUAUUCAAAUAACAAAUAACACAAAUUCAAAGAACAUGUUCUAUAGUUGUUCUUUCAUUGGACAUAGGUCGAGUGAAAAUGCAGAAACUCUACGGUUUGGAUAUUUUCUAUGGCUUGUGUGGCAUACUGAAAACGGAUACAACAUCUUAUACUGCUUGUCAGAGUAAAAAUCAAGUUUAAACCUCUAAUGAAAAUCUGACACAAAGAAAGGUACAAAAACUAAAAGGCGAAAAAAACUGACCUGUCCGCCUUGGGGUUGUGCAUGAAUGACGUUAAUCACUAUUUUUUGACGGGGCGAAAAUAUGUCACUUGACUGGUUGCGCGUGGGAAAAAGAGUCAAAUUUCGGUUGUUAAAGCUCUGAAGAUUUGGGUAUACAAACUGCACUUUCCUUCUGUUACAGUUCUGCGGAAUUAUUUCAGGAUGAGUUCUCUUGACACACUACUGGCGCAUACAGCUGACCGAUGGUGUGUCUUAGAACCUCACGAGGUUCUCAGCAAAAUUAACAGCAAGACGCAGCUGCUAUUGUAUCGCUGUUUUAUUAAACCUUUCAUUGCAAUUUGGAAGGGAUGAGAUCAGCGAAAGUACUUACAAAUUUUGACUUAGAGUCUGGUUUUUCCACCCAUCCGUCUUUGUUCUAAGCUUUAUUUGUAAAAAGAAGAAAAAGAAAGGAAUUUCCAUUGAAUAAAUAUAGAACAGCAAAACGAAAGAGGAAUAGACCCAUGACAUCAUUUUGACUGUUCAACAAGCGAAAAUUGCU